CUGACAAGUCUAGGUCCGCUAGUCAACUUAAUGCCAAUUUGAAAGAUGACCAGCACAUGGCACUGUACAAAUGAAUUUGCUACUGUACGUCUGAAUGCCUCACCGGCCACUGUUUUCACCUGCCAGUAUGCUGUGUUAAUGACACAAUAAAUAAAGAAGAAAAAUCAAAACAGAUGAUACGAAUCAUAUAGCAGUCAAAAAGUAUGAUCAAUGACUUCUUCAUAUACAAGAUUUCAAUGAAGAAAAUAGAAAAAUCACACAACCAUAAAACCAACGCGUGAACUAAUAAAUCUUCUGGUCAAAUUAAACCCAUCACCAAUUCACCACCCAAAUUUUCAAAUCUCUUUCUUCUAAUUUUCCCACAUUCCAUUCCCGAAUCAAUCAAGAGCUCUCAACAACUCUCUCUCUCUCUCCUAAAUGAUCGCCAACGUGAAAAAUGCACCACUUCACCUCCACCUCCACCACGUCACCGCCACCUCCGGCCACCACCACUCCACAAUCCGGCAAAAUCCGCACCGAAAGCCCCCGAACAAAGCCACCAAGCUAGCCGAAUCCCUCUCCCAAAUUGUGAACCUCCGCAUCGAAACCGCAAUCCAAAAAACCCUCCACCGCUCGAGCCUCCCGAACCUCCCGAGCCUCGACGACAAAUACGACACCCCCACAUCCUCCCCCCGAGAAGACAUAUCCGCCACGUGGCGCGAGCUCCACGGCUCGCGUGACUGGGACGGCCUACUCGACCCCCUCGACCCGAGCCUCCGUCGAGAGAUCGUCAAAUACGGCGAGCUGGCGCAGGCGACCUACGACGCGCUCGACUCCGAACCGAGCUCCGAGUACUGCGGCAGCUGCCAAUACAGCCGCCGCAGACUCUUGUCCCAGUUAGGCCUCGACCACUCGGGUUACCACGUCACCAAGUACAUCUACGCCACGUCAUCGCUCGUCGGGUGGCUCGAGCGGACGCCGCGGCCCGCUGACGGCGACUCCAACUGGAUGGGGUUCGUCGCCGUCAGCGGCGACGAGGAGUCAAGGAGGAUCGGUCGACGCGACGUGGCGGUCGCAUGGCGCGGCACGGUGGCACCGUCGGAGUGGUACGACAACAUGCAGAGCCGAUUGGAGCCGGUCGGGCGGGGGGACGCCAUGGUCGAGCGCGGCUUCCUUAGCAUCUACUCGUCAAAGAGCCGCACGUCGAGGUACAACCGGUCGAGCGCGUCGGAGCAGGCCAUGGUCGAGAUCCAGCGUCUCGUCAACCACUACCGUGCCCUCAGCGAGGAGGUCAGCCUAACCGUCACGGGCCACAGCCUCGGCGCCGCGCUGGCCCAGCUCAACGCCUACGAGGCGGCCAACAACUUCCCGGGCCUCCCCGUGAGCGUGAUCUCGUUCGCGGCCCCGCGCGUGGGGAACAUCGCUUUCCGAGACGAGCUGUACCAGACAGGCGUCAAAACCCUACGCCUAACGGUCAGGCAAGACGUGGUCCCGAGGAUGCCCGGGAUCGUGUUCAACGAGGGCCUCCAAAGGUUCGACGAGCUAACGGGAACGCUCGAGUGGGUGUACACGCAUGCGGGAGUCGAGCUCAGGCUCGACGCGCGGGCCAGCCCGUAUUUGAAGAAAGGGUUGAACCCAAUCGGGUUCCAUAUGCUAGAGACUUACUUGCACCUAGUGGACGGGUUUAGCGGGUCCGGGUCGGGUUUCCGGGUCGAGGCGAAGAGGGAUGUGGCGCUCGUGAAUAAGGAUUGUGACAUGUUGGUGGAUGAGCUUAGGGUGCCGGUGAAUUGGUACCAACCGGAGAAUAAGGGCCUCCGGCGGAACAGAUAUGGGCGGUGGGUCAAACCAGAAAGAGAACCGGAGGAUGAGCCCGAACCCCAACCCGGUUGGGAGGAAGAUGGGUCAAUGUACCAAGUUUAUUAAGUGAAGAAGAAAUGAAAAUAUAAGUUGUGUAGCUUGGAAAUAAAAUUAAUAAAUAAAUUGAAUGUUCACUCAUAUAUAGUCUCUACUUACAAUAUGCUUCGUUUGUCAUAAAUUCUGGUGUUAGGGCUGAUGGAUGGAUAGAAAUGUCCACUCAAAUAUAGUCUCUACAUGCUUAGUAUAUGUGCAAUAUUUUUUGUUUUAGUUUAGUGCAUAGAGUAAUUUUCUCAAUAAUAUAUGUUUUUACAAUGAAAUGAUAUGCUUUUAUGUUAAAGGGUAUUAUCAUUUGAACAUAAAACUAUGCAAAUUUAUUGAAAAACUAAAAUAGUCUUACCAUCAGACAAUCUAACAGAUUUAUUGUCAUAAGUUAACUUGUGAAUUCUUUAUGUGGAAGAAAUGUAGUUUUAGUACAAUAAUUUGCUGCGAUUUAUUGGUGAUG